AACAGGGUGGUCCUAUGCAGAGCCUUCUAUCUCGCGGCCCCAGGGAGCAGGGAGACAGCUUCAGGGGGGGCAAAUCACAGACCGUGAGGAUGGCCAGGCCUCUGGAGCAGGCGGUGGCUGCCAUCGUGUGCACCUUCCAGGAAUAUUCAGGGCGCUGUGGGGACAAGCACAAGCUCUGUCAGGCAGAGCUCAAGGAGCUGCUGCAGAAGGAGCUGCCCACCUGGACCCCGACCGAGCUGCGAGAGUGUGACUACAAGAAGUUCAUGAGUGUUCUGGACACCAACAAGGACUGUGAGGUGGACUUCGUGGAGUACGUGCGCUCCCUUGCCUGUCUCUGCACCUACUGUCACGACUACUUCAAGGACUGUCCCCCUGACCUCCCCUGCUCCCAGUAGGCUCUGCUCCCAUGGGCAGGGGUCUGCUGGGGCAGGACCUGAUACGUUGGCCGGGCCUACCCAUGAGGCUGGGGACGUGAGGGGACCUCCCCAGGAGCACAGCUAGAAAAACACAGAGCAGUCAGUUGCUGCCUCCCCACUGAGGCUGUGACGGGAGGGGGGGAGGCUGCCCUGCACACACAAGGCCCUUUUAACUCCUAAUAAA